GGCUAUUGUUUCGUCAAAGGUUACAUGAGAUUUCAAUAUACUAUCUCUCUUGUGUUAUCGUCAACUUCAUCAUCGUAUUUCAUUAUACCGCCGCACGUUAAACUCCAACAGCAAAUUUCCAAUCAUGGAAGAGAAUCAGAAUGAAGAUACUCUGUCCUAUUUCUCCGAUGUAUAUUAUAUGUUAGCUCAUCAAUCUAGUAGAACCCCCUCGAGUAAUUAUACAUCUCGGAGUCUACCUGCUGGAUUUAUCGAAGCCUUUUAUUGCUUUUGUCGAAGAUUACCUAUAUCUACGGUGGUUUCCUUCUUCUGGUUCCCAUACAAUAGUACAGCAAUAAGACUUGAGCUGGCUGUGUUAACACCGUAUUAUUCUAGUCAUCUCUUACUUAAGAGCAUUAAAUUACUAUACAUAUUCCCUCUUUUCAUCAAACCUUGAGAAAACAUACUACCUGGUUCAUUUCAGUAGCACUCAACAGCAUCUACUCUGACAUUGUCAUCACCACAAAUUCUACGCAUAUUAGCAACAAAAAGUCAACACUUUCAAAAUGCAGAACAAUACGAAUAGUUGGCCACACAACGCCCAUCCAAGCCCCGCGCUUAUGAAUCCCAAUUAUCAGAACGAGCAAGUAACUACAUCUUCCUCAAGAACUAGGCCAUCAUCAUCCUGGUUCUUAUCCUCUUCACGAUCCUCAUCUCAACCUCCUUCACCUAGACGCGCAAGAUCCUCUACUCCCUCUCCCCCCACUCUCCUCACCACUCGCCAAAAUGAUGAAGAGUAUUUUCUCUACCUAGAAACCCACAACAGAAUCAUCUCUCAGAUGCACGAGCGCGCAAACGGUAUCCCCAAUCCGGAUAUUAACAACAUCGGCAUUGCUACAGGCGAAGAGUCAGUAAGACAAUAUCUCAUUCUGAAGGCGCUUGAUGCAUUCUCCGCAGAGGAAAUCACGAGAAUUGGAAUCUUUUUGAGUCGUAAUCGCUUGGUUAGCUUGUGGUUACAGAAUCUGUUGGAAGAUGUGGAGGAGAAGGGGAAGAGAGAGGGGAAAGUGUUCGGUUAUAGAUGGGUAGAUAUAGUGAGGGAAUUGGUGGUGGGAAAUAGGAUUGUGAGGGGUUUAUUGACGGGGUUGUUGUUGCGGGAGGUGGUGGAUGAGAGGUGGGAGAUCCGGGAAAUUCUGGAUGGAGGUAUUUUAGAACGUGUGGAAUCGUAUGGCGAUGAGAUGAGGGGGAUCGGUUAUUAAGAUUGGAUGGGGAGGUUUCAGAGAAGCCUUGGUAGAGGGGUGGGAGAGGGGGGGAAUGAUGGGAGAUCAUUAUGUCAAUAAACAGUUCUGUGCUGUGGGGCUCA